AUGGAUAUUAUAAUUAUAAUUAAUUAUAUAAGUAAAUUAGUUUCAAGUGUUUUAUUAGAUAACCCUAAAGAACUGUUAGAACAUAUUAAAGGACAAGUCAAAUAUGUUGAAGAUGAAUUUACAGGUUGUUCUAAUGAAAAUAAAACUUCAAUAAUUAACUUUAAUAUACACGUAGAAAGAGAAAUAGCACAAGCAUUAGUAUCAAUAGCUAAGUUUAAUAAUAAUAUUUCAAAUGAGUUUUUUACAAGCAGAGGUAAAGAUGCUGAAAUAGAAGCUAUAGAAUCAUAUUUUUCAACAAUAUUUGAUGAAUUAAAUAAUGAUCUUAUAGGAUUUAAAGUACAAGUAAAUCAUAUAAUUAAUAAGAACAGUACGAAAGAAAUGACUAGUAAUGGAGCAAUAGAUCAGUCAUGUGAAGUACUUGAUGCAGCCCAAACAAGAACUGAAUUUGCACAUAAAAAGAAUAUUGAAAAAAAUAAUAAAGAAGUGGGAAUAAAUCUGUAUUUAUUUCACUGUAUUUAUAGAAGUCCAUCACAAAAGAAUUCGUUUGUAAUAGAGAAAGAGAAAUGUGGAAGAACAAUAGGAAUUUUAUGGGAUGGUGCUAAACGCACCAGUAAUUAUAUUAAAUCAGCUGUGAUUGAAGCAAUAACUGGAUUACCAAAUGCCUAUGAAACUGGUAAACUCAGAACAUUAUCGAAAUACAAAUUAUGUAAUUUCGUUGAAGAUUGUAUUUACAGCACACCCUCAGUAUUUGGACAUGAAAUACCACAAAUAGUUAGUUUACAAAGAACUAAAUCAAAUAAAAGUGAGGAUUCUUCUUUAGAGAGUAGCAGCAGUGAUAGUAAAUAA